GGGAGCUUUGAUCGCCGGCGUGCUCUCCACUUUCCGCCAGUUAUAGACCGCGAGUUACUACUACUGCUAGACCGCGCCGGCCGCAUCCCCGCGUGCGCACUCAGAGAAAUGAAAAGAGUGUAAAGAACCAGCCUGCGGUUCGUUCGGGGACCGCCGUUAAAUGCGAGCGGUUGAUGCAACAUUUAUGGGAGGAAAACCGAAAUUGUGAUUCAAUCCACCACUAUAGGUGUAUUGCAUCAACCAUAUCAGCCACCUGGUAGGCCUAUGCGGAAAGCGCAUUCUUGACCUCGUUUGCCCGAAUGUCACCUCUUUCAUUUAUGCCACUCCUCUUUCCGAUGCUGGUAAGCAGUUUACUCUUAAUUCUUGCACUGAAAAAAAAGAAUCAUUGUUCCAACGACCGUCGUGUUCUUGCGGCCGGGUUGUUGGUCGAAUGACACGAUGUUGCUAACCCUACGACAACCGGUAGUUGUGCCACCGACCAUGUCGUUGAGCCAGCAACCAUGGUCGUUGGAAUAGCAUCAUAUGUUUCUGAAGCCAUUCCAAGAACAAAAUGUUGUUGGAGGUACAACUCAUGUCGUUGGUACAAUGAUUCUUUUUUUUGAGUGUGGACACCGAAACAAAUGGCGCAAGUCGUGCCAAUUUCCUCCUCAAGGGGGUUGUUAAAAGGGAUGAGCCGACGGAAUAAUAGAGGAGAGAGGAAACAAUCGUAGGGAUACCGGAUUAGUACCGUCAAGUUCGCGAUAAAGAGGAACAAGAACCCCUGCGAUGCCAUCGGAGCAUGGGAGCAAGGCGGGGCGGGGAGGGGUAGGGGGAUGACUAUGACUAUAUAGCGAGCGGAAGGGAAGGCUCUCCUUCUCCUGCUGGAGCUUGAGAGCAGCACUCCUUCAUGGCUGGAGCAGGGGCGCAGGCUGGCAAGAGCUAAUUCCACACUAACAACCAAGGGAGGGAAAUAGACCAGAAAGACAGACAGACAGACAGACAGACAGACAGACAGACAGACAGACAGACAGACAGACAGACAGACAGACAGACAGACAGACAGGCAGGGAGGCAGGGAGGCAGAGAGGCAGACAGAGUACUUGUAGGCGAGAGCUCUUCAGCAUGGCCCGGCUGGAAUCAUCUUGAUUAUCAGUAGAAGAGGGGGGAAGUAGUGAGGCGGGUGGCGACGGGGGACAAGGGCGGGACGGAGCCUUUGUCAUCCCCGACAAUGGGAAACAAGACGGGGGACGUCCUCGUCCUUCAACGCGGGGCAUUGACGAGACAGACAGAUGAUUGUUAUGGUGGCUGCGCUGCACAGAGCACACUGCAGGCGUCGCGACGUCGCGCCCGAAUCGCCCGAAUAAAAAACAUCACAAAGCUGUGCGGCGCGCGCGCUUAGGAAACCAUACGUUAUCCGUCAGCGAUCGCCGUCAAUAUUUCAGUCGUUUUGGAACUGUCCUCUCGCUGUCAGUGAGUGCGGAUGGGUUGCGAACAGAGAGAGGGGGGGGGACGCUAUCACGCCCUCUCUCUGCUACGUGCAAAACUUUCGUUUCUCUUUGUUGAAGUGUCUAAUCAGACCGCAAUCGAUGAGUUUAAUCAAUUCUCCCGCAGAGCCCGGUCAGCAGUUGUUGCAGUCCCUGCCAAACUAAUCAGGAAGUGAGAAAGUUGCGUCGAGCCGCCGCCUCUCUCGAGCAGAGUUUCACGUGGCGGGGCACAGCGCGCGGCGCGGGGUGGCGUGGAGCAGGGUCAUUCCCGACCUAAAUGUUGGAUGCGGCAAAAGAACAGCAGCUGAGACUGAGUUAAGGCGAAAUUGCGCCGUUUCUGAGAGAUUUGCGCAGCUCCACCAGGCAGCGGCAACCCUUGGGCCCUGGCCCCCCCUCACCCUCCGGAGGUCUGGCCGGAGCAGGCCUGAAGGCAAAAUGCGGCGGCGUCACUCUACAAGGCCGGAAAGCAUUUCCGAUGACACAAAAAUUAGCAUUAUUCAUUCAUAACGGAGGGUGAAUAAUGAAAAAAAGUCGAUUGAAAGACUCGCAAAGGCUGUUAAAAUAUUAGCAAUAGGGGCAUGGUGGUGUUAGGUUGGAAAGGGUGGGUUGGGGAGGGGAGGGGCCAUGGGCCAUGGGCCAUAUCGGAGGCGUUCUCUACCAGAUAACGCUCCAGCGCGGUUCCAAAGGCUCCGGCCCGGCUGGGCUGCGCCGAUCAGACGGGGAUGCCGGAUUUAUCUCCGCCGUGCCCCUCCCCGCCCCGCCCCGCCCCACCCGAUCCGGCCCACCCCAUACCGCUGCAGAUAGCGGCAUCGGCCGCGCCGCUCCGCGGAUUUCAAUCCGGCCGAGCCGAGCCUCUGGUGUACUGGAAUAUGAAGGUGCACGUGGAAGGGAGAGAAGGCACGCUCCAGGCUGCAGGGGGGAGAGAUGGUUAAGACGUGUUCGUAUCGCCCGUACCGAGACAAGAUCCCGGACAAGAUCCAUCUAAGGCACGAAAAAAAGUGGACAUGCCAUCAAUUUGCAAAUUGAGCGCAGUGUUGUAGGCCAGCGAAGGGCGACUGACCGCCAAAGUGCAAUUACUAAAACAGCAGGGGCUGAUCAUGGUGCUGCUCCGAUUUUUUUUUUGGCUAGCGCAUAUACUGAUGUGAAUCAAAACCAAAACUUUAACAGUGUUCGCUUGAAUAAAAGUGCCAUAGCUAAUUUUUUAGACCGUGAUCGUUUUUAUCUUUUAUUCAGAGUAUCCCGCCGUGACCACGACCCAGCCAGUAUGGAGGAGGACGACCCACCGCCCGUCGUCCACGCCGUGCCGGUGGCCCCGGCCACCCCCGUCGCCACCGUCGCCCCCGCAGACGCCGCCCCCAGCGCCCCCACGCCCGUCAGCAUGUCCACGGAGCCGCGGUCGUCGGAGCGCGGCGCCAAGCGGGGCAAGCCGCCCUUUCGCCUGUGCUUCACCGUGCCCGGCGUGGGCGGCAGGUCCGCACUGCCGCCCGCAUGCCUCAACGCCGCGCCAGUCGGUGCCGUGACUGGUAAGUUCUACUCGCGCGAGGAGGAGAAGGUGAGGGUCGAGCUGCAGAGGAUGCUGGACGAGCAGCAGGCUGCGGGCGGCGAGCCGGCGGGGCAGCGGCGCGGCGUGGGCGUGCUGGAGAGCUGCAGGUACGGGGAAUACCCGCGGCCGCUGGUGACGCCCAGGAUCGGGGACCGACGCCUCCACUUCGCGUACCGGACGUCCGAGAUGGUCAAGGUGCAGUGCGCCAUCGCUCGGGCGGCGGCGCUGGCCCCCGGGGCCGGGGGUGGCGGCCACGGCCCGCACCGCAGGGCCACCGCGCCCGCACCAGCGGCGCCCGCGCCCAGCUGAGGCAGCUCCAAGAGACCCCCUCGUCUCGCCUUGCCCCACACCGAAUUAAUUUUUAAUUUAUAUCCUGCGAAAUUAUCUGAAAACUGACUGCACAACACGAGAAACUGCAGGACGUGUUUCACUGAUACUGUACGGUACAUGUGUGUAAUGUUUGCUCUGAAACGGCGCCCUCAUUAUUUUACGUUAUUUUUGUUUUUGAGGAGGGGAG